AGCUUUUUUUAUGGUACGCUUUCGCCAUAAGUCGAACCGUUUUCCAAUUUUUUCCUUGGUUUACUGCCUUCAGCAGUUCCUCUUUUUCUUAGUGGCCCUUGAGGUCUUCAACUAUUUCGCCCAGCAUCGUAGCAAAUGUGAGUUCAGUUUAUGCCCUGUAUAAUUUUCUUCGUUAUUUCGACAGUUUAGUUAUUCACUUUGUAAUAAAGUUAGAGGUUCCAUGUUUGAACCGCUCCUGCAGAUGAUCCGCACCCUGAUUUUGGCGACACAAAUUUGGGAAAAAUGGUUUUUGAAAAGAAAUCGAAAGAAAUCAGAAGCAGAGUCUUGAGAAAGUUGCUCGAUCCGGCUAUUUUGGUUGCUUGGUCGAACGUACACCCACCUAGACUCCUAACAUUAAACAAACCAAGACAGCAACAGCCAAGAGAACGUGGCAAAACAAAGAAUCUAAUUGGCAGAACGAAAGCUCAGGACGUGCAUUUUAAAACUUUGUACAUUUCUUAGCCGUCCUUAACAAAACAACAAAGUUAAAUCACCAAAAUUUCCGUGGUCUGAAACAGAAACCCCGAAGUCGAAUUAUCUAAGUUUCAAUUUGGAACUCAACGCUGUUUACAUACGUUAUGUUGAACUUGGCGUGUGGCGCUCUAAGAGACAGUAAACACAUCCAAUCAUUCGCCAGAUUCUAAUAAUAAUAAUGAUUCCUUUGUUAAUCGAUGUCUUUCUCGGCGUUGCCGUACUGACUGCUUAGGGUCUCUAUUGAAAACGGAUUAUACUUUGAAUCCUUAUCUGAUUAUUUGUUGUAACAGCAUGGGUCGACAUCAUUUCUACAGACACAUACUUAAACUUCAAUAAUCAAUACUACGUUCAUUUUAAUAGGUUUUCUGUAAAAAGAAACUUUUCCCUCAUUCGAUCAAAGGGGCUGAAAUAAUAACUAAUGCGAAAAAAAUGGAUCAAUAAUCGUUUUAGCUUUUUCCCUACAAUUUUAGGGAAAGGGCUGCUUAAAUGAAGUAAUAUAUUCCAUGAAACGGUAUAGCACCUGCAAACAGUAAAUGGCAUUUUUGGACAGUUUUUGAUCGCAUCACAAUUUGAUGUCAUAUGGAGCAGUAUGUGUAAACUUUGUGCUAAAAAAACAAAUAAUACAAAGAGAUUUUAUAUUAAAACUUCCCUCUAAAUGAAAGAAAAUGAUGGUAAAGUUAUCUUCGAACGGACGGAUUCGAAAAAAAACGUAUCGAUAUAGAGAUUCUUCAUCUCUUGAUCUUUAAAGGUUUUCUGUAUUACGUAAGUCAAACAGAGAUACUUGCCCUGACUUUUGGUAAUCUAAGAUGCACGAUAUUUUAAACAUAAGUGACACCUCAAGUUAGCUUUUGCAUUUUGUUCGUCAACAGAAUGACUUAAUUGGCAGAGAUCCCUUGACGGCAGCACAAAAAGGUGUUACACUAAUUUCGAACAAAACCGGUUUAGUAUCCACAAGCUGGUAUGAAUAAGCAAUUUGAAAGGGCUCCGCUUUCAGACUGUACGACAAAAAUAGGGAGCUGAAGUUUCCAACGAGACAACCAUUGCUGUAUACUCUGCCGCGGGAAAAAUACUUGAUCUUCUGACACCGCAAGUAACAGCAACAUGUCUAACUCAUCAUCCGCAGUGGACUUGAAGUUCUUCCUUUGCACACAGCUCGCUACAGGCAUCUGUCCGACGAUUCUCUCACCCUUAACAAUCAUGAGCAACGCUUUACUACUUUUCACCAUCUUCAAGGAUCCUCUGAAGUGCUUCCGUACACCAGCUACCUACUUUAUCGUCGCUUUAUCUGUUGUAGACCUUAUGACAGGCCUGUUCGUUGAGCCUUUUUGUGUCCUUUAUCGCUUUGUACUCUAUGCAACAUGGUCCAAUAUCAUAAGAGAGCCGUACUACACGUUGCAACAAAUUGGAAUAUGGCUUUCCUGUGUUGGGCUAAAUGCAUCAUUUUUACUUGUCCUCGGUCUUAUUGCCACGCAGUACCUGGCGAUAACAUACCCACAUCACUAUCGUUCAAUCGUCACAACACGACGGGUCCUCGCUUGUAUUGUCUGCUGUGUCGGGUAUUUAACAGGUUUUAUCCUACUGCAAUUCGUUGUAUCACCACUGACCCUAUUGCAAGUGGACCUUCACCUCCACUCCACAGUUAUAACAAUCCUGCUUAUCUUCAGUUCAGCGAUGCUCUUGAAGUCAUUUCACCAAUUCGCUAAACAAUCUCGUCGACUCGCAGGUGGGAACAGCAUCGAACAACGCACCAUCCGUGAACGCGGGAACAAGCUGCUAACAAACAGGAUCAGCGAAAGGCAGUUUACCAUUGUGACUUUAUUUCUGGCAGGAAUACUUAUUGUGUGUUCCCUUCCUCAUAUUACUACAAUUCAUAUCAGAUUCUACACGAAAAUCGAAACGCGACAAGAGUGGCUUGACUUGUUUGCUGUAAUCACAAUUGGGGACGAGAUGAUGUUUGUGAAGGUGGCUUUAGACGCGUUCAUCUACGCCUGGAGACUAAAGAAAUAUAGAAGGUCGUUGAAAAUGGUACUGUGUUGCUGCGCCAAUACAGUCGAAUCUGAGAUAACUGUUUCGAGGACCAUGGACAAUUUUACCUUUCAAAGUGCAAACCCUGUGACGUCGUCGACUCAUGCUAGAAGUUUUAGUGCAAAUUAGCUUUGAUCAAAGCUUUCCUUGGUUGUUAAUUGGGGACCUUAGGCAGACCACGAAGGCGACGGCAACGAGAACGUGGAAAAACAAAAGAUCUAAUGAGCAGAACAAUAGCUCAGCACGUCAUGACUGCUUAAGGUCCCUAAUAAAAGCAAGGGCGUUUUGUAAUAGUUAAAAAAUGGUGACGAACGAUCUCAUAGCGAGCAGCCUCUUCAGCGAAAAGUCCUACGAGAAAUCUCGCUAUUUUAAAACUAAUAUAAAAACUCUGGAUGUUCAUUUUAACGUCUGUUAUCUGCUCCACUCAACAGACAUCUUUUUUAAACUCCCAAGAUUUUAGCCAGCACCCUUAACUUAAAAAACCAUUGUUUGAUUCAAAGAUAGCAGAAAAUAGAAUCGAAUCUGGAGAUACUAAAAUUGUUUGUACAAAGUUUUCCCACGUUUCUUUUGAACGUAACAACUUUUUAGGUAAAGCGAAUCCUUAGAGUUUUUUCUUUAUUCUCAGAUGAUAUAGCUGUUAGCUGACAGCCGAAAAACCUUCAAUUCUAAAUUUGGUUGCUAUAAGCAUUUGUUUGUUCUAAUUAUGGGAGUCAGUUGCGAUAACUUGUGGUCAGGAAUUUGCGUAGUUUUUUGUAUUAACCCGCCGAAAGAUUAAGCGAGUUGAUGAGAAUUUUACUAACGCCUUUCGAAGAAGAAGGUGAUACUCUAUUAUUUUCUAGAGGCAUACAUUCAACGAGUUCUGAAUCAGAUGUUUAUCCAGCCAGACAGGUGAGGAUGGUACAAAAUGCAAACGUAUUAUUGACACUGAAAGCUCACGAGAGUUACACAGCAUGAUUCUUCUUUGCCCUACUCCCUUCUUUCUUUACCACCACUAUAAAAAUUUCUCUCACGGUACCGUCAUUCGCUAGAGCUAGUAAUGGGAACAUGGAAAAGCUUAAGCUAAAAUUUCCCAAGUUAUGAUGGAAAAUUCAAAACUUACGUGUAACCUGAUAUGAAAAUUGGUAGUUGGUAGCAAUGAAAGCUGUUUUGAAUAGUCAGUUUCGACUUUUGACUUGCCAUAUUGAU